CGCCUCAGCCCCGCCCCUCGUCAGAGUGACGAAUAAGAGGAAGGGAAGUGACAAAACAACACAAACAAACAAACAAACAAACAAGUAAGUGACGGAGACCGACGGAGCCGGAGGAGCGGAGCCGGAGGACACGUCGGGCCGCGCGGGGAGCGUCUGUCUGCGGCGUCAUGGCCGCUGUGGCCGGAGAGGUGGAGCGGAGCGGCCGGGCGCUGUCCCCGGGAGGAGGCGGCAGGUCGCCGGACACCUGGAAGAGACACAUCGUCCGCCAGCUGCAGCACCGAGACCGGGACCAGCACGUCAUGUUCCAGGACCUGAUCCGCGUCUACACUAGGCUGUUGGACAAAUCCAUUCUGACCAAUGGGAUUCUGAGCUGUUCGGUCAGACGUCCCUUCUCUGGCAGCGGCUCUGUCUCGUCUCUGCUGCAUCAGAACGACCAGCUGAAGAAAACCACAGGAGAGUUGGCCUUUCAGGUGUUGGAGCUGCAGCAGCAGAUCAAAACCAAAGACUGUGUCCUGGAGGAGCAACACGCCAGGCUGCUGGAGGAGCAGCGGCGGUCCGCGGUUGUGUUGGGUGCCCGUGGGGGGCUGCAGGAGCGGGUGGAGCAAGUUCAGGAGGAGAACGGGGCGCUGAAGUUGCAGUAUGAUGCCCUGCUGGCGCGACAGAGAGGGGCGGAGACAAGACUCCGGGAGGAGAAGGUCAGAGAAGGUCACCUGCUGGAGGACGUGAUCCACCUAAAAAGACAGGCCGCCGCCCACAUGAACAGCCGCAAUGAACGCAGGUCCAGAGCUCGUGACGCAAAGCUGCAGAAGGAGUUGCAGACCGCUGCCAGGUCAAAGGUCACCAUCGAGAGACGUUUCAGCUCAUCCAGCGCUCCGACCUCCAGGUCGACGUCCAGGUCCUCGUCCCCGAAGAAGGAAAAAGAGGACCAGACACCAAGACACACCAGACUCUUCAGGUCAGCCUCAGCCUCCUCUCCCAGGAUCCUCUCCUCCAUCAGAGAUCUUUUUCAGAGGAAGAGGCGUGGUCACUCAGUCUGCAGUCUGGAGGAGGAUCUGAUGUGUCCUGUUGGAGUCUGUCUGUCAGCCAGGGUCCCUGUUAGAGCUCUGCAUGUACUGGAGGCCCAUGAGCAGGGCAUUAACACAGUGAGGUUCAGCUCCAGUUCAGACCUGUUGGCCACAGGAGGAACAGACCGAGUCAUUAAAGUGUGGGAGGUCAGAGCAGGCUCACUGACCCACAGAGCGACUCUGGAUGGCAGCACAGGGGGGAUCACCUGUGUCGAGUUCGACCCAACGGGUUCACGUGUUCUCGCUGCGUCCUACGAUGAGUCGGCGUUGUUGUGGCGACUGGAUGAUUCUGCUCCUAAGCUGACUCUGACAGGUCACAAGAGGAAGGUCACAGCAGCGAGGUUCAGCUCUUCACUUCAUCAGGUGGUGACAGGAAGUGCAGACAGAACCAUCAGACUGUGGGAUCUGCACAGAGCAGCCUGUGUGCAGGUCGUUGAAGUGGCGUCGUACUGCAGUGACCUGGUCUGUUCUGAGAACUGGAUCAUCAGUGGACACUUCGACUGUAAGAUCAGACUGUGGGACACAAGGGCGGCGAGCUGCGUACAGGAGCUUCCUGCUCAGGGUAAAGUCACCUCACUGGACCUCGGGUCCGACCGCCGUCAGCUGCUCAGCUGUUGCCGUGACGACUGCCUCCAGCUGGUCGACCUGAGGAGGUGGAGCAACGACCGCGUGAGCUUCAGAGCCGAGGGGUUUAAAUGUGGCAGCGACAGCACCAGGGCCGUGAUCAGCCCAGACGGAUGUUUUCUCGCAGCUGGAUCAGCAGACGGCGCCGUUUACAUCUGGAACGUCUCCACCGGCAACCUGGAGACCCGCCUCCCUGACAAACACAGUUCGUCCAUCAGCGCCGUGUCCUGGUCUCCGUCUGGUGAAUACGUCGUCAGUGUGGACAAGAGUAGGCGAGCCGUCCUCUGGAGUGACAUCUGAGACUGCCAAUCAGCUAAGAGGUCACAACGCACCUCACCUGAACAAACGCACUGAGCUCGGAGCUGUGACAGGGAAGGUGUCUGGUGAUUGGACAAAAGGGACAAAGCUUGUUUAUUUGUUGUUGUUGAUGUUGGCAGGGGGAUGAGAUCUUCUGACUGAUGUUCUACUUUUUACUCAGGAGAAUGAACAGAAAUCAAAAGGCGAGUUGUCAACAACAUGAAGCUUUUUUUGACUGAACAAAGGGAAAAGUGCAGAAUCUCCUGGAACAUUAGUCUGAAAGGUUUUUCUGUGUUACUGUUGCUCCUGACCUCUGACCUCACAUCACGUUAAUUAUUCAUUUUCAUCAGCUGCCUCGUCCAGUUCUGGGUGCUGUUUAAUGUUGAAUUAAUAAUAUUAAGAUUAAGAUAUUGAUAUUCAGCUGAAAUAUGUGACAGAUUUGUGACAUAAACGUCAAUACAUUCGUGCACCUAGUAAAUAAUUCUGUGCCCAUUAAAAACGCUGGGUGUUAUUGUAUAUGCUCACGUCGAUGUGACAGAUUUACACUGAACAGUUUCAUGUGGAGAUGAAAAGGGAAAGUGAGAAGUGAACAUUUCCAGAUCAGAUGAGUCAGAGUCAGGAGCUUCCUGCUGCUCUGCAGCGGUGGAUUUACAUUUAGAAGGCGUCUGCUUUAAUCCUGUUUGGCCUCUCGGCUUCAGAGAGGAAAGUUGACAUCCGGAGGCCGUGAUGGCGUCUGAACCCAGCGAGGGAGAACACAGCGAUUCACAUCAUUUCAAAAGAGCGACUGAUCAGCUUCAUGUCAAACUCCAGCAUUUAAAAAAAAGAGCCUUUUCUGCGAAAAUCAUGUCGCUGCCUUUUCUCUUGAGGCAGACGAUCUGAGACUCCGCCCACACAGACACCUUUUGGUUUUAAUUCAUCUCUGUUGCUAUGGUUACACCUGGCGUCCACACAACUGCGGCGUUUAGUUUUCCAGCCUCCAGUGUUUUAGUUUGUAAAUGAUGAAGCAGACAACCACAUUCUACUUCCUGUUUGAAUGGUCAUGUGACAUGUGUCUUCAGGUGGGUUGGUGUGGGCGGAGCCUGAGCGUCAGGUCACUUUACUACUGACAUAUGUGAAAUAUGAUCUUUUGUUGUUUCCUUAUGAUUUAUAGAUAAUAUUUUCUGAAAGUUUAUUUUUUAUUCAUAUUCAGGUGUGAGGCUUCUGGUAAUGAAGGGAAACAUCUUUAUUUUAAAACUGACAUUUACUUUGUUUGUUUUUCUUUGUUCCGUUUCUUUCUCAUUUUGUUCUGCCUGUUUUUGCUGAUGCUGUACGGGACCUGAGCGAAGACGCAGUUAAGCGUCAGACCUGAGCUCAGAGACAAAUGUGAUGAAGACGUCAUGUGCUCGUUGUUUUAAUAUCGGAUGUUCUCACUCUGCUGCUGUAACCGAUGAAAAUUUGUGUCUUUGUUUUUAAUAAACUCUGGUUUCUAAGCAUC